AUGGAGGGAGGAGAUUCCCUGGCCGAGCACGUUGGUAUGAAAUUUUCCACCUAUGACUAUGACAGAGAUAUAUGGAGCAGCAAUUGUGCACAGAGUUGCUAUGGUGCAUUCUGGUACAGCGAUUGCUACAGCUCCAACCUAAAUGGGAAAUAUCAUGUCACCACGGAGUAUGCUACUGGUCUGGUCUGGAAAACUGCUAAAGGAUACUACUACUCCUUUAAGAAGACGCACAGCAACUGUCAAGCCCGAAAGCCCGGACACAACCCGACAUACCAUCUGACUCGUACAGUCUCGUGUAAGUUGCAAAACACAAGUUUAACGGAAACUGUGCCGUGUUUUGGGUGGAAGAUGUGGAUCUCUCUCACCCCCUUGACUCUGUUCCUCAUUAUACAUGGAUGCCAUGCUGCCGAAGAGGUGCCAAGGAACCAAGAUAACAUUAAUAGUUAUUCCGAUAGUGGUCGCCCCCAUGACUGCUCCGAGGUGUCGGCUCAAGGUCUGAAGACAGAUGGAGUAUAUCUCAUCUACCCCAGGGGACUCCCCACCCCCAUACCUGUGUACUGUGAUAUGACUGGAAAAGAUGGACCCUGGACUGUCUUCCAGAAGAGGUUUGAUGGAACUGUAAACUUUUAUCAAGGUUGGAAAGAGUAUAAAGCCGGGAUUGGAAGAGCGGAUGGAGAGUACUGGUUGGGUCUUCAGCAUAUCCACCUCCUAACCCUGAGGAAGUCCUAUCGUCUCAGAAUUGACCUGGAGGAUUGGGACAAUGUUGCUAGUUAUGUGACCUAUGAAAACUUCUCUCUGUCCCAUCUGGCCAUCAACCCCGAAGAAGACGGCUACAAACUGCACAUCGAGGGGUUUACAGAGGGGUCUGCAGGAGAUUCACUGGCCGAGCACGUUGGUAUGAAAUUUUCCACCUAUGACUAUGACAGAGAUAUAUGGAGCAGCAAUUGUGCACAGAGUUGCUAUGGUGCAUUCUGGUACAGCGAUUGCUACAGCUCCAACCUAAAUGGGAAAUAUCAUAAAGCUGCCGCCACUGAGUACAUUACUGGUCUGGUCUGGAAAACUGCUAAAGGAUACUACUACUCCUUUAAGAAGACGGUGAUGAAGAUAGCACCAUCUGUGCCGGCAGCCUGA